AUGGCUCGCACUGGCGCAACACCCAAAGCUAGACGCGGCGGUCGUCGCGACAACACCAUGCGCCAUCACAAAGAGAGCGAUGCUGAAUACAUGGCUCUCAAGAGAGAGGCAGAGCGACGUGAGCGCAUCCUCUCCGACCAGCGCCGAACAGCCUCCAAAUGGCGACCCAAGAUUCCCGAAGUCCGAAAGGUCAACUUUGAGAACUUCAAAAACAGAUUCCAAGAUGUCGACCAACCUGACUAUGCCAUCGACGUCCUUAUGUCUGGUCCCGGUACUCAAGCUCAAAUCCGACGUGAGCAUGGUCUCCGACGACGUGAGGAGAUGGCUCGUAUGCGCAUGAACUGGUUGAACUACUCCAGCAUUGGUCUCGUGGAGGGACCUAAGGAGAAGAAGGUUGAUGCCUUCGAGAAGGCGAGACGUGAGAAGAAGGGUGAUGCUGUCCCUGCUUCUGAUGCUGAGAUUCAGCGCAUCCGUAUCCAGUCUCAGCCUAUCCUUGGUCACUUGACCGCUCUCAUGAACGACACAGAGAAGCGAUCUGCUCCUCGCACAUUCAUGCGACCCUUCAAGACCCUUGUUCACUUCCAGCCCAAGAUGCGAGAGAUUCUCAGCACUCUUGAGGACAAGUGGGCUGACUUUGAAGAUCUCGCCAGCGAGAGCUCUGAGGCAGUCGAGCUUGACGUUCCAGAGGUCGAGGCUGAGGUGAUCGAGAAGACUGACGAGAAUGGUGAGGAGAACGACAAGGAUGAGACAGAGUCUCUCCUGUCUGUUGACUCAAAUGAAGAUGAGGACUACGACAACCUCAUGGAUAGCCCCGAGGCGCUUCGCGACAUGCGAUGCUACGUCGACUUCAUCGACAAGGAAGUCCUCCCUCUAUACAACCGCUUCGACGACUCAAGCGUCGACCGCGUCAAGUUUGACGAUCUCUGGUCCCUCUUCCGUGUGGGCGACCUCAUCUACAUGCCCGCAUCCGGCGAGACCGGCGGCCGAUACCACGAGAUCUGGCGCGUGUACAAGACCCGCAGCCCCGAGCCCGAGACUUCUUAUCCCACCUCUGGCUGGGACUUCUUCGCCGACGAGCAGCAAAUUGACGAGAACUCCAAGUUCAAGAUUUCUGCUUACUACAUCGACCAUGACGGAAACAACUUUGGUGCUGUGCGCCGAAAGUUUGAGAUUGAGUCCUUCGUAGGAGAGCGAUCUAUCGAGUCCCUUGAAGUCUUCCCUAUUCGUUACCGCCACGAUCACAAGCAACUUCUUGAGACGCAGAAGGCGCAGGGUCGACAGUUCAUCAACUUCUUGGACGACCGUCAUCAACAGUACAGCGCAUGGACGCUCACCAGAAACCCGCCUACUAAUGGCACCGAGCCAGACGAUGAGAUUCUCGAGAACGAGGGUUACGAGAAGAUGCGUCAUCCCGAGUUCGUGGAGAGUGACGUUAUCGUCGAUCUCACCGAAGCCUACCAGAAGAUGCCCGACUGGCGCCCUCGCUUCCACAGACUGACGAUCAACAAGUCUUCGCGAUGUGAGAUCAAGGAUGACGAGAUGCCCAUCCAGCACUGGUUCAACGGCUCUCGACACAACCUGGCUUACUCCCAGAAUGAGAUCAUCCAGAAUGCCGAUGGUGUUGAGGGUCGUCAGCGAAGGGACAACCUUGCUGUCGACGCCUUCCUCCGCGUUCGUGUUAAGGGCAGCCGAACGUUCGAGACUAACCCCAAGGCUCUUGAGCUUCGCGAUGAGGACCUUGUCCUUCUUCCCAAGCGUAUGUUCGCAUAUGCUCUUCGCGAGCGUCGCUUCCUGCCCAUCGACCUCAACCUCCUCAAGCCCGUGCGACGUGAGCCUGGUGUCUUUGAGAACCUUCGUAUCCAGCGCGACUACAAGGAUGUUGUCCGUGGUCUGGUCAUGUCUCAUUUCCAGAGGAAGGUUCUCGAGCGCAAGUACGCUGAUGUUGCGACUGAGGGACCCAGCCAGGAUCUGAUCCAAGGAAAGGGUCGUGGUCUCGUGGUAUUGCUGCAUGGUGUUCCUGGUGUUGGUAAGACUGCUACGGCAGAGGCUGUCGCCAUGGAGAACCGCAAGCCUUUGUUCGUCAUUACCUGUGGUGAUCUCGGUCUCACACCCCAUGAAGUUGAACAUGCCCUCAAGAACGUCUUCCGUCUGGCUCACCUAUGGGACUGUGUUCUCCUUCUUGACGAAGCCGAUGUAUUCCUCACCCAGCGAUCCAAGCAGGACAUGAAGCGUAAUGCUCUGGUCUCCGUCUUCCUUCGAGUCCUCGAGUACUACAACGGUCUUCUCUUCCUGACCACCAACCGAGUCGGCACCAUCGACGAGGCUUUCAAGUCCCGCAUUCACCUCUCCCUCUACUACCCACCUCUCGACAAGACCCAAACGCGCGACAUCUUCCGCCUCAACAUCGGCAAGCUCAAGCAGAUUGAGGCUGAGCGCAGCCGCAUGACAGGCGAGCCCGCGCUGGUCAUCAAGGAGAACGAGAUCAUCGAUUUUGCUUCCAAGCACUACGAGGAACUCGCUCGAUCCACUGGCUGCUGGAACGGCCGACAGAUCCGAAGCGCAUUCCAGAUUGCGUCCAGCUUGGCUAUUCACAACCACGCCACGCAGGCCGAGCUUGCCAAGUCGCGUGGUCAGAGUCCUCCCGCUGCGCCUGUCCUGGAUAGAACCUGGUUUGAGAAGGUGCAGAUGUCGACUCAGAGCUUUGAUAGGCAUAUGAAGAAGGAGGCUGGUGGCUAUGAUAACGAGAUGCCUCUUCGCAGCACAUUCCAGGAGACCAGCUUUGACUAA